CAAUCGCCAUCAGAUUUACAGGGCAAUAAAUCAAUCCUGGCAGAAGCUGGCGACACCAGCCUUCUCACCUUUGCUCAGUGCUCCUCAAGAACCACUGAGGGAUAGACGCAACAAAUAAAGGGAUACGGCUAUGAGAUGGCAAGGAAACUCACUAUAUUGGAAGUCCUUCUGAUCAUCUUCUUCCUAACUGUACUGGCCUUAGAUAUCUUCUUGAUGUUUUUUGUGUUGAAUAUUGAAGCGACUGCAUUUGCUCCAGAGUGCCCAGAGAUCCCUGAAUCAGAGAGGAUAGACUGUGCUCCUGGCCAGGUGGUGACAGAGGAUGUCUGCCGCCAGCAACAUAGGUGCUGCUGGAAGCCUGUGUCAGAUAUUAAUGUCCCUACGUGCUUCUUCCCCAGGAAUUGGGGCUACAAAGUCAUUGAUAGCCAGAAUAAUACAAGGACAGCCCUAGAGUUUACAGCCCACUUGAAAAAGUUGUCAUUCCCAUCUCUGUUUGGAUAUGAUGUCGACGAAGCCUUCUUCACAGCUGAGUAUCAGACAUCCAAUCGUUUCCAUUUUAAGAUCAAUGAUACCAAUAACAUACGCUAUGAAGUCCAGCAUGAAAAUAUUAACCUGUUUAAUAGGACUAAUAGAGCCAUCAAUUUCAACUAUUACCUAGAGGUCAUUCAUAAACCCUUCAGCAUCAAAAUAAUAAGGAAGAGCAAUGGAAGAGUCUUAUUGGACACGAGCAUCGGGCCCUUGCAGUUCGCCCAGCAGUACCUGCAGCUGUCCUUCCGACUGCCCAGUGCCACUGUGUAUGGGCUGGGAGAGCAUGUACAUCAGCAGUACCGCCACAACAUGACCUGGAAGACCUGGCCCAUCUUCACUCGAGAUGCUGCUCCCACCGAGGGCAUGAUUAAUCUGUAUGGAGCUCAUACAUUCUUCCUGUGCCUUGAAGACAUCAGUGGCUUCUCUUUUGGGGUUUUUCUGUUGAACAGUAAUGCCAUGGAGGUCACCCUCCAGCCUGCUCCUGCAAUCACUUACCGCACAACUGGAGGCAUCCUUGACUUUUAUGUAUUCCUGGGAAAUACUCCAGAACAAGUGAUUCAGGAAUACCUGGAGCUCAUUGGACGACCGUUCUUGCCUCCCUACUGGAGUCUUGGUUUCCAGCUCAGUCGCAGGAACUAUGGUGGCAUCAAUGGAUUGAAGGAGGUUGUGAACCGAAAUCGUCUAGCUCAGAUCCCUUAUGAUGUCCAGUACUCUGACAUAGACUACAUGGAUGGAAAUAAGGAUUUCACUAUUGAUAAAGUGGCUUUCUCUAAUCUCUCAAAUUUUGUCAACGAGUUACAUAACCAAGGAAUGAAAUAUGUAAUCAUUAUGAAUCCUGGCAUCUCAAAUAACUCUGGCUACCAGCCCUAUGUGAAUGGAAGUACAAAGAGAGUAUGGAUCUUGGGGGACAAUGGCUUUGUUCUUGGGAAGGGGUACCCAGGAUGGACAGUGUUUCCUGAUUAUAGUAAUCCGACUUGCGUUGAGUGGUGGAGAGAGCAGUUCAGUGCAUUUAAUAAAAUUCUCCAGUUCGAUGGAGUGUGGAUUGAAAUGGAUGAAGUCUCCAGCUUUCUCCAAGAUUCCGAUCGCAAGUGUGAGCGGAACAGCUUGAACUUUCCUCCUUUCGUUCCCCAAAUUCUGGACCGCUCACUUUUUGCCGGAACCCUCUGCAUGGAUGCAGAACUUUACUGGGGUCUUCACUAUGAUGUCCACAGCUUGUAUGGCUACUCCAUGGCAAAAGCUACACACUCGGCCAUGGAGAAUAUCUUUCCCGGAAAAAAUAACUUCAUCUUAUCCCGCUCUACUUUUGCUGGAUCUGGCAAAUUUGCUGGACAUUGGUUGGGGGAUAAUGCCGCCACAUGGGAUGAUCUCCGAUGGUCCAUCCCAAGUAUCCUUGAGUUCAACCUAUUUGGUAUCCCCAUGGUAGGUGCCAACAUCUGCGGUUAUACAAAAAAUGUCACAGAGGACCUCUGCACAAGAUGGAUGCAGCUUGGAGCAUUUUAUCCACUAUCGAGGAAUCACAAUGGACCUGAGUUCAGGGACCAGGAUCCCGCUGCCUUUGGUGAACACUCUCUGCUGCUGAAAUCCUCCAGACAUUACCUGAACAUCCGCUACACCCUGCUGCCCUACCUCUACACCCUUUUCUACCGAGCUCACACCCGGGGGGAUACUGUAGCAAGGCCACUGGUCCAUGAGUUCUAUCAGGACCCAGCUACAUGGGAUGUGCACGAGCAGUUCUUAUGGGGGCCUGGACUCCUCAUCACCCCUGUUUUAUAUGAGGGUGUGGACCUAGUGAAAGCAUACAUACCGGACGCCAUCUGGUACGACUACGAGACCGGGGUAGCCAUGCAGUGGAGGAAACAAUCAGUGGAGAUGCAGCUGCCACUUGAUAAGAUAGGACUUCACCUCCGAGGAGGCUUCAUAUUUCCCACCCAGCAACCCAGCACAACCACGGAAAUCAGUCGGAAGAAUUCCCUGGGACUCAUUGUUGCCUUGGACUAUAAGAGAGAAGCACAGGGAGAGCUGUACUGGGAUGAUGGUGUAUCUAAAGAUACUGUAACUGAAAAGUAUAUUCUGUAUAAUUUUUCUGUCACCUCGAACCGGCUACAGGCAAAAAUUAUAAAUAAUACAUAUAUGGACCCUGACAACCUCAUGUUUACAGAUAUCAUAAUCUUGGGAAUGGACAAGCAACCUACUAAUUUUACUGUCUUACUUAGUAAUUCUCCUACCCCCGUUUCAAAUGUUAACUACAAUGUUUCAUCAAAGGUGGUGAAGAUCAGUGAUCUCAAGGGACUGGUACUUGGUCAAGAAUUCUCCAUUGGAUGGAAACUUCCAGUCAGUGACCUGGAGAAAUUCAACUGCUAUCCUGAGGACCCUGCUGUCUCUGAGGAGAAUUGCAGGCAGCGGGGGUGCCUUUGGGAGUCCACAACUCUUCCUGGCGUGCCCACCUGUUACUACGAUACCAUCCCCAGCUACGCCGCCAGUAACAUCCAGUACCUGCCUACGGGCAUCACCACAGAGCUUGCCUACCUGGGAGCCCCCAACUCAGCCCGAGCAGCCUCGGCAUCUGGCUCUCUCUCUGCAACGGUCAGCUUCCUCCAGUUGAGCGUGAUCUACCACACAGAAAACAUGCUGCAGUUCAAGAUCUUUGAUCCCACAAACAAAAGGUACGAGGUCCCAGUGCCUCUGAACACCCCUCCUUCUCCAUCUGGCUCUCCUGAAAACCGUCUGUAUGAUGUCAGGAUUCAGAACAAUCCUUUUGGGAUCCAGAUUCUACGAAAAAACUCCAGCACCGUAAUUUGGGAUUCUCAGCUCCCUGGCUUCACCUUCAACGACAUGUUCCUCUCCAUUUCUACUCGCCUCCCCUCUCAGUACAUAUAUGGCUUUGGGGAGACGGAGCACACAGCUUUCAGAAGAGAUAUGAACUGGACCAUGUGGGGAAUGUUUGCUCGUGAUGAGCCACCAGCAUACAAGAAGAAUUCCUAUGGUGUCCACCCGUACUACAUGGCACUGGAGGAAGAUGGCAGUGCCCAUGGAGUGCUCCUGCUAAACAGCAAUGCCAUGGAUGUGUCAUUCCAGCCCACUCCUGCCCUGACAUACCGCACCACAGGAGGGAUUUUGGACUUUUAUAUUGUUUUGGGGCCAACCCCUGAGCUUGUAACUCAACAAUACACUGAGUUGAUUGGUCGGCCAGCAAUGACUCCAUACUGGGCCUUGGGAUUCCAACUAAGUCGCUAUGGAUACCAGAAUGACAUUGAGAUCUCCCAAUUGUAUGAUGCAAUGAUGGCGGCCCAGAUUCCCUAUGAUGUCCAGCAUGUAGACAUCGAUUACAUGGACCGGAAGCUGGACUUCACACUCAGCCCCAACUUCAAAAACCUCAGUCUCCUGAUUGACGAAAUGAAGAAAGAUGGCAUGAGAUUCAUUCUCAUUCUGGACCCAGCCAUUUCUGGCAAUGAGACUCAGUAUCUCCCAUUCACCAGAGGGCAGGAGAACAAUGUAUUCAUCAAAUGGCCUGGCAAGAAUGACAUUGUCUGGGGAAAGGUUUGGCCAGAUCUACCCAAUGUGAAUGUGGAUACAUCCCUUGACCAUGAAACUCAGGUUAAGCUUUACAGAGCCCACGUUGCUUUUCCUGACUUCUUACGUAAUAGCACAGUUGCGUGGUGGAAGACGGAAAUAAAAGAGCUCUAUCUAAACCCUCGAGACUCAACAAAGAGCUUGAAGUUUGAUGGACUGUGGAUUGAUAUGAAUGAGCCCUCAAACUUUGUGAAUGGAUCUGUCAAAGGCUGCAGUGAUGAAAUUCUUAAUAAUCCACCCUAUAUGCCAUAUUUGGAGUCCAGGGACAAGGGCCUGAGCAUCAAGACCUUGUGCAUGGAGAGUGAGCAGAUCCUGCCAGAUGGCUCACGGGUGCGGCACUAUGACGUUCACAGCCUGUAUGGAUGGGCCCAGACCAGACCCACAUAUGAAGCUGUGCAGGAGGUGACGGGACAGCGAGGGGUCGUCAUCACCCGCUCCACAUUCCCCUCUUCUGGCCGCUGGGGAGGCCACUGGCUGGGUGACAACACGGCCGCGUGGGACCAGCUGAAGAAGUCUAUCAUUGGCAUGAUGGAGUUCAGUCUCUUUGGAAUACCGUAUACAGGAGCAGAUAUUUGUGGCUUCUUUGGAAAUGCCGAAUACGAGAUGUGUAUUCGCUGGAUGCAACUGGGGGCCUUUUAUCCAUUUUCCAGAAACCACAACACCAUGGGGACAAGGAGACAAGAUCCUGUGGCCUGGAAUUCAACCUUCGAGAUGUUCUCAAGAAAAGUCCUCGAGACCAGAUACACCCUGCUGCCCUACCUCUACACUCUGAUGCAUAAAGCUCACGUGGAGGGCAGCACCGUUGUGCGGCCCCUGCUCCAUGAGUUUACGAAUGACCGUGAAACAUGGGUCAUUGACUGCCAGUUCAUGUUGGGCCCUGCCAUCUUAAUCAGCCCUGUGCUGGAAAAUAACAAGUUUCAGGUCAGCGCUUAUUUUCCCAGAGCUCGUUGGUAUGACUACAGCACGGAAUCUGGCAGUGUAUCAACAGGGCAGUGGAAAAUCCUGAACGCUCCCCUUGACCACAUCAACCUUCACAUCAGAGGGGGCUACAUCCUGCCUUGGCAAGAGCCUGCGAUGAACACUCACGCCAGCCGACAAAAAUUUAUGGGAUUGAUUGUUGCACUGGAUGACAAUGGGGAAGCUGAAGGCCAGCUAUUCUGGGAUGAUGGACAAAGUAUUGAUACCUAUGAAAAUGGCAACUAUUUCUUGGCAAACUUUGCAGCAACUCAGAAUCUAUUGAAAAUCCAAACCAUACACAAUAAGUAUUUGAGUGACUCAAACCCGCUAAAAGUUGGAUAUAUUAAAAUCUGGGGGGUACCCUCUACUAAUGUGACACAAGUUACUUUCACCUAUGACAACCAGCAAUUCAUGGAGAUGAAUUUCAAGAGUGGCUAUCAGACGCUGAUUAUUCAAUUGACUGACAAGAUUAUCAGCCUAGAAAAGCUAACUGAGGUUACCUGGAUAUACGGUGGCCCAGUAGUUUCUACUACACCUAUGACAAGUACAUUCCCAACAAGUUCUCUACAUCCUUCUACAGUUACUACUAAGAAUACAACUUUUGAGUCUACUACCACUAGUACUGCUAAUACUAGUACUGCUUUUCCCAUCACAACCACUGUUUUCCCAAUAGGUACUACUGAGUUUGCAACCAGUCCUGCUGUUCCUAAUACCACUAUGCCUUCCCCCACGGGCACUACUGGGAGUAAUAGUUCUCUUCCUGUCACAGACACUCCUUUCCCAACUAAUGCCUCUUCAUUGACCACUACUCCUACUCUUCCUGAUACCACUGCACCUUUGUCAACUGCAUUUACAACCAGUCCUGCUGUUCCUAAUACCACUAUGCCUUCCCCCACGGGCACUACUGGGAGUAAUAGUUCUCUUCCUGUCACAGACACUCCUUUCCCAACUAAUGCCUCUUCAUUGACCACUACUCCUACUCUUCCUGAUACCACUGCACCUUUGUCAACUGCAUUUACAACCAGUCCUGCUGUUCCUAAUACCACUAUGCCUUCCCCCACGGGCACUACUGGGAGUAAUAGUUCUCUUCCUGUCACAGACACUCCUUUCCCAACUAACGCCUCUUCAUUGACAACUACUCCUACUCUUCCUGAUACCACUGCACCUUUGUCAACCGCAUUUACAACCAGUCCUGCUGUUCCUAAUACCACUAUGCCUUUCCCCACGGGCACUACUGGGAGUAAUAGUUCUCUUCCUGUCACAGACACUCCUUUCCCAACUAACGCCUCUUCAUUGACAACUACUCCUACUCUUCCUGAUACCACUGCACCUUUGUCAACCGCAUUUACAACCAGUCCUGCUGUUCCUAAUACCACUAUGCCUUCCCCCACGGGCACUACUGGGAGUAAUAGUUCUCUUCCUGUCACAGACACUCCUUUCCCAACUAACGCCUCUUCAUUGACAACUACUCCUACUCUUCCUGAUACCACUGCACCUUUGUCAACCGCAUUUACAACCAGUCCUGCUGUUCCUAAUACCACUAUGCCUUCCCCCACCGGCACUACUGGGAGUAAUAGUUCUCUUCCUGUCACAGACACUCCUUUCCCAACUAACGCCUCUUCAUUGACAACUACUCCUACUCUUCCUGAUACCACUGCACCUUUGUCAACCGCAUUUACAACCAGUCCUGCUGUUCCUAAUACCACUAUGCCUUCCCCCACGGGCACUACUGGGAGUAAUAGUUCUCUUCCUGUCACAGACACUCCUUUCCCAACUAACGCCUCUUCAUUGACAACUACUCCUACUCUUCCUGAUACCACUGCACCUUUGUCAACCGCAUUUACAACCAGUCCUGCUGUUCCUAAUACCACUAUGCCUUUCCCCACGGGCACUACUGGGAGUAAUAGUUCUCUUCCUGUCACAGACACUCCUUUCCCAACUAAUGCUUCUUCAUUGACAACUGCUCCUACUCUUCCUGAUACCAGUACACCUUCUCCUGCAAGUACCGCUAUUGCUAGCACUAGUACUACCCUUCCUAUCACAAGCACUCCCUUUCCAGCAAACACUAUUGAAGUUAGAACUAGUACUGCUGUUACUAAUACCACUAUGCUUUCGCCUAUAAGUACUACUGAUAACACUAAUACUACUGCUAACACUAAUACUACUCUUCCUAUCAUAACGCCUCCUUUCCCAACAACUAAUACUAAUGCUAGCACCAAUACUACUGUUCUAAUUACCACUGCUCUUUCUCCAACAAGUAUUGAUAUAACUAGUACCAAAAGUACUGUUCCAAUUACAACUAUUCCUUCUACAAAUAGUGAUGCUGAUAGUACCAGCAAUAGUUUUACUAUUAUGACUACUUUUUCUCCACGUACUUAUACUAUGGAUACUAACAUUUCUAUGGUAACCACUUCUCCUAGAAGUACUGAUGUUGCUGGCACUGGCAACCAUACUCCUAUUACCAGUUCUCCUUCCCCUACAAUUUCUGGUGGUAAUAGUACUAGUAAUACUAUUCCCACAGUGUUCACUCCUGCAGAUAUUUAUACUACUAGCACUAAUACCACAGCUAUCCCCACCACCAGUACUCUAAAUAGUACAGGGUAUGCAGUAAAUAUUACUGAUGCAGAUAAGUCUAGCAGUGUUCCAGGUAACACUACCUAUGUUUCUAUUUCAAACACCACAGUAACCUUAGAUACAUUAAUGACAGCUCGUCUAGAUGCAGUAGCUCACCAUCGGGUAACAACAAACUCUACAGUUAGUUAUUUACCUAUUACUGCAACUAAUGCUACCACAGAUAUUACAAAUAUCACCACAUCUGCUUUAAAUACUACCAUUCUUGGUAGAACAGCGAUGAAUGCUCCUGCUACUGUAUCUACUUAUAUUGCAAAUGUCACAAAUGCUACUCUAGUUCCGUGAUUAAUACUCAAAGCAGGAAAAUUACUACAGACAUCUCUUUAAAACAACAGAUAUAAAAAAUCAAUUAGCAGAUACAUGAUCUUAUGCUACAUAAAUCUUCACAGAUAUUAACACUAGCUUUUAUAGAUAUGGCUACUCCAAGCACUGUAGGUGUGGCAGAUAGGUCUAAAGAUGCAUCCAUGACUACAUUUUAAAAUGUAAUUAAAGAAGAUGUGAAUCCUUGUUUUGCAGCCAGAAUAUAUACUCUUAUUUUAAAAACGAUAACCCCUAUAGCCCUAUCAAUUAAACUAGAUAUUUUAUGUAUCCUUGCUAGAGAUUUCACAGAUGUGUUUGGUAUCUCAGACAAUACCAUAUGAGGCUCCAUAAAUACUAUUGCUUUAGAUAUAGUUAUUGAAGUAACCUAACUUAUUCUUGGGUUACAGGACAUGAUAUUGUCCCUGGAAUACUGAUGAUAUGUGGCACUCACAUGGCCCCUGUAGCAACAAUUAUUAAUAUUAUAGUAAAUUAUUUAACUAGUAAGGUUAAAAUCAUGCUUCAUUUUUCUAUGACUUUUCCACAUGCCAUGUCUACCAGUAUAGCAAUUCACUAUCACAUAUCCUGAAAGUAUUAUUGCUUCUAAAGCAAUCCUAGCUGUAACUAUAGAUAUGGAAAGUGCUACUAUUGUAGAUUUUGUACAUACUUGGACUCCAGGAACUAAAACAAUUAAAUUAAAAAUAUUAGAUGUUACCUUUAUUAUCAUAGGAAUAAAAAUGUGAUUAUAGAUGUUAAAAACAUAACUUCCUAAACUUUGCAACCACUACUUCCAUAGAUAUUACUGAUACUCUUAAUAUAAAUUUGAUAAGUACUUUUAUUUACAGACAUUAAAAGCACUUCCAGGAAAUUACAGUUAAUUUUACUUAAGAGAUAAUCUUAGGCCCUUGCUGGUACCCUGAAAGACUGGAUUCAUUUACAAAUCUCUAACUCUUUGUAGACCAGAAAUCACCACGAUGGAGAUGAAUAUUUAAAGAUAUGGCUUAGGGGAGAUAGUCUCUACCCUGGGAUCAGAGUUCUUAUUUAGUUUUAAUUGACCUAUAACCUUGUUUACUUUUUUUCUUAUCUGCCAGUUUUUCCAUUAUUACUUCACUGUGAACUCUCCUGUGUUAGGACUUUGAGCAUGUUCUUGGUCUUUCGUAUCCAAAUUUACUAUUUAUCCUUGGUCUGUUACUUUCUUAGAUCAUCCAGACCCCAUAAGUAGACUCAUGGUCAUAACCUAAUAUAGCCAAUUGAAUGGUAUUGAAGGCUUCACCCUAGAACAGUAUUCUCAAAAUGUAGUUUGGAGACUCGUGGAAGGCCACAGAACUCUUUCUGGGGGGUUCACAAGGUCAAAUAUAUUUUCAUAAUACUAUGUUCGUAUAUUCCUUUUUUAUUCUUAUUCUCUAUUUGUAGACAGUGGCAUUUUCCAGAGACUUUAUGCUGUAUGGUGUCACAAUAGAUGAAUAUAAAAACAGAUACAAGGAUCUAGCUGUUUCUAAGAUAGACAUUAACCAGAUUUACAAAAUAUAAAAUAUCAUUCUUUUCACUAUUUUAUGCCUUGAAAAUAUAGUUGUUUUUCAUAAAAAUGUAUUAUUUAUGUAAACAUGUAGUUGAUAUAUUGUUAUUUUUAA